CUCGUUCAAUCCACCUUGUUUGGAUCUCGCUCCCUUGUCGAGUCGUUUGCCAUAUGCCCCCUCCUCAGCUCAUGCAAGAGCAGGAGGUAUUCGACUUCGUCAACAGCAUCACCAAGAUACUAGACCCCACUACUCCGCCAAUUUUAAUAGUGGAGCGAAUGAUCGUUUGCGCUAUUCCUACAGUACUUCUAGACGCGACAGAUGCACGGUCUCACAGAACAGCUGUCGACUCUCCAGCACCGCCUGAUGACCACUGCGAUGCGUGCGACAUCGAUGCAUGAAAAACUUAUCACGUCUAAAAACUGCCUUGGUGGACUCGAGUGUCUUAUCUUGGAAGGUGUGUUCGAGUUCAAUGACAGUAAUUUAAGGCGGGCAUGGCUCGCUUUCAGGAAGGCAAUGGUCUUUGCACAGCUGAUGAAGAUUGAUCAGCCAAAUCCGCCUAAAUUUCAAGUCCUUGACCCCGCUUCAAAGUUAGUGCCCAUGUAUCUUUGGUUUCGCAUUGUGUACACGGACAGCUACCUGAGUCUGAUGCUGGGUCUUCCACACGGCGGUCAAGAGACCAAUAUGGAGCAAAAAGUACCGGGCGAGACACCGGCUUGUAGACUCAGAAGAGCGCAUACUCUUAUUGCUCGGCGGGUCCUUGACCGCAACCGACGCUCGGCUGCCUGUGAUUUCUCAGAGACACGUAAGUUACCGGACCAGUUUUGGACGCCACCCGACUUUCCCAACCUUCAGCCGAACACGCGAGAGGCACUCUGGGAGACCAUGCGAGUGGCUGACCACCUUCAUCACUACAGCCUUGUUCACCUGUUGCACUUACCAUAUCUCCUUAACUCACAAACAGAAGGCAGAGAUCUUACCUGUUCAAAGGUUACAUGCGUCAAUGCGAGUCGCGAGAUCUUGAUCCCAGUCGUCGCAUUCCGCACCUUCAAACGAAAUAUAGUCUCAGUCUAUUGCCGCACAGCGGACUUCUGUGCAUUAAUGGCAGGCAUAACGAUACUUCUCGCCCACAUUGAUGGUCACAAGCUUGAGGAGGAGGACUGGCGGGCACACCAACGACUAGGUGAUCGCGCGCUGGUAGAACAGCUUUUGCAGAGCUAUGAUUCUGUCCAAGAUUGCAUGAACGAUGGCCUCACCCAGCAGAGUGCUGAACAAUUACGACGCCUCUUGAAGAUCGAAAGUGACGCCGCUCGGGGAAAGGAAGAAUCUGCUCGCGAUACGGUAUCGAAUAUCCAGAGAAAUUGCGGGGAACUUCAACUCUCUAUACCCUACUUCGGAAUCAUCAAUAUCGGCCGCAUGGGCGUCACAAGGUCACGGCAGCAGGACAUACAGCCCUCACACACUCGAACAAGUGGAACGCCGUACCCCACAGCGACAACUGACAGUGGAGACCCACUCCUGGGCUCGAACGAACAUCCCAGCUAG